AUGGUAGCGCACACACAGGAUUACACCAAAAAAAAAGGCCCUGAGAGUGACUUAGGCUUUUUUCAUUCUUCGUUUUUUCCUCUCCUCCCAUUUCGUUUCAGACUCAGCCAGCCGCCACCGAUUCCAAACCUCUCUCUCAGCCAUCACGUCACGCCUCUCUCUGCCGCCGCUCUUUUCUCAGCCUCUCUCAGUCGUUGCCGUCACGCAGCAAUCGGAGAUCCCAUUCGCUCGCAGCGUCCACCUCUUCUUCUCGUAUAG